ACGCCGGGUACGUCAUAUCCGGCCUUCUUUAACAUUGUGUCAAAGCUAGCGGGCAAGCAGGUUUUCUAAUCGCUGCGUUUUCUGUUUUUUUAGCCAGCAGUAACGGCGAGGAAUUGUUUUUAACACGACCUGUUUCGGUGUCUGUACAUCUGUGAGUGAAGUCCUAACGGGGGUGUCUGUGCAGUAGCUACUCGAAGUUUAAGAGUUGAAGCUAACGACAGAGCACGUUGUGUUCCUUGUGACACACCGUUAGUACGUGUGUGGCGCUGCGGAAAGAAGCUAGCUGACUUUAGCAUAGAUAUCUCUUGCUUUUACUCAGGAUGCCAUGCCACAAUCAGCAGCUGAACAAUGUGAGCAGUGGCCAGGAGCACCCAAUGAAGCAAGUUCGGUUUGCAAACAGUAACAGCAGCGUGCCUGCAGUAGUAUCCAACUCCGAACCAAGUGAUGCCACAACACAGCCUGACAGCCAGGACAACCUGGGACCCCAGCUUAAGCUGCUUCCUCUGAAUGACCAGAUCCGUGAAUUACAGACAAUAAUCAGAGACAAGACAACCAGCAGAGGAGAUUUUGUGUUUUGUGCGGACCGACUGAUCAGGCUUGUAGUUGAAGAGGGCUUGAACCAGCUCCCCUACUCUGAGUGCACAGUGACCACACCGACAGGGUACAAGUAUGAGGGUGUCAAGUUUGAAAGAGGCAACUGUGGAGUCAGCAUUAUGAGGAGUGGCGAGGCCAUGGAGCAGGGUCUCCGUGAUUGCUGCCGCUCUAUCCGCAUUGGCAAGAUCCUCAUACAGAGUGACGAAGAGACACAGAAAGCCAAGGUCUACUAUGCCAAGUUCCCCCCAGAUGUGUAUAGAAGAAAAGUGCUGCUCAUGUACCCCAUUCUCAGUACAGGGAACACCGUGAUUGAGGCUGUGAGGGUGCUGAAAGAGCACAGGGUCCAACCCAAACAUAUUAUCCUACUCAGCCUCUUCUCCACACCUCAUGGAGCAAAAUCUAUAAUCCAGGAGUUCCCAGAUAUCACAAUUCUGACCACAGAAGUCCACCCGGUGGCUCCAACACAUUUCGGACAGAGGUACUUUGGCACCGACUAAAUGGAGGACAACCCGAGGAACAUGAUCUGCAAAUAGUUUUGGUUGUAUUUUUAAUAUAUCUUGCAAUGUAUUUGUCAUGUUCUCCUCAUUGUGCGAAGUACUGCUUCUCAUUUACAAAGUUCAAAAACUGAUAUCAAAUUAAUCAAAUGUAUAUAUUAUUCUAUGCUGUGUAUAGUCAUACUAUAAAAAGACUACACAGAACCAUGUAAAGAGUUCAACUUGUAUCAUUUUAUUCUGCAUGUUACAACAUCUGCUGGAUCAAUAAAGAAUAUUUGUUUACAAAGAA